UAAGCAUGUAAGCGCGAGUUAUACAAGGCCCGAUCCUACGCCGCAGCCUAGGACUCCACCCAGGGUUAGUACACUACGAAACUCACGCAGCGCGGGAUCCCACUUCUUCGCAGCUAGGUCAACAUUCCGCACCAUGCUAACCCUGGCUGUGUUUGGACUGGUGCUGGUGUUGGGGCUCCUCUACCGUGGGACGCUGAAGCCCAGGGGAUUCCCACCAGGACCUCCCCGAACUCCUCUCGUGGGUUUUUUGCCAAAAUUAGAAAAUCAUCUUAUUCACAAGCAAAUGUGGCGGAUGUCAUAUAGUUACGGGUCAGUCAUAGGAGUUUUCUUUGCCCAUAAACCUGUCGUGGUCGUCAAUGGAUGGGAAGCAAUUAAGGAGUCGCUGCAGAACGACGAUCUCAAUGGGCGUCCCGAGAUCUCCCUUCGGAAGAUAAUGCAGGGAGGAGUUCUUCGCGGCGUGAUGUUCGUGGAAGGUGAAUUCUGGAAAGAGCAGCGUCGCUUUUCCCUGCAUCAUUUCCGGAACCUGGGGUUCGGGAAGCGCUCGCAUGAGAGCGUGAUCCACGAGGAGGCCAGGGAGCUCAUCGACGAGAUCCUGGACGCCGACGGUAGCGUCAAACUACAGAGUGUCGUGGGCAUUUCGUCCAUCAACAUCCUGUGGGCGGUGAUGGGCGGCGACAGAUUCCCGAGGAAGGACCCGCAACUCAUGCAUCUCGUCGAUAGCCUCAACAAACUCUUCAGAGCAGGAGAUCCAAGCGGUGGCCUCGUUGGUGCAUUCCCCUUUUUGCGGCAUUUUGUUUCCCAAGAGAAUAGAGCUGUGAUUGUCAUGAACGGAUUCGCUCUCGUAGAAGAAUUUAUUAAGAAAGCAGUAGAACAACACAAGGAAAGCCUCGACCCGAACAACCCUAGAGAUUUUAUAGAUAUCUACCUCAAUGAGAUUAACAACGAACUCAACAACAACAGCAAAACAAGCUCCACCUUCUCUGAGAAACAGCUGAUUGCAGUUUGUACUGAUGUGUUCAGCGCUGGAGCCGAGACAGGAUCCGCAACUGUGGCAUUUGCUGUUAUGCUCAUGUGCCUCUUCCCGGAAGUCAUGAAGAAAGUGCAAGAGGAGAUUGACUCCGUUAUUGGGCGAAAUCGUUUUCCCAGCAUGGCGGACCGAACAGACUUGCCCUACUUAGAGGCAACUCUAAAUGAAGUAUUCCGCUUUCGGGGGGCGGCCACCUUCACCGUCCCUCAUAGUGCUAUGCGAGAUACAGUAUUGCGGGGGUACCGAAUCCCAGCCAAAACCAUGGUGAUGAACAACCUGUACAGUGUUCACAUGGAUCCGGAAUACUGGGGCGAUCCUGAAAACUUCCGUCCUGAGCGCUUCAUCAAUGCUGAUGGAACCUUCCACAAAGACGAGCGAAUGAUUCCCUUCGGCAAAGGUCGACGGCUGUGUCUCGGAGAGCCUCUCGCUCGCAUGACGUCGUUCCUGCUGUUCGCGGCGCUCGUGCAGCAUCUAGACUUCGAGCUCGACCCCGCCGUCCCCGUCACCAACACGGAGGGCGUCGCAGGGUUCACGCUCGGCCCGCCAGAGUUCAGAGUCUUUGCCAAACGCAGAUAUUAAGAGAGAUAUGCAUGUACAUUCACUUGAACAUUGGUAUCGAAUCGAAACACCAUUUUUAAACUAAGUUAAAGUUCAGUAAAUUUAUUUACUACCUUGGCUAUCUGCCCAGGCGUAGGGAAUCGUGAUUAGAUUUACAUAUAUUUGAUUACUGUAAUAGUACAUGGUAAAAUAAAUAUACAAAUCAUACAUCAUAAAAAAAUAGAACUCCUCCUUGUGGUGUCCCAAGUUCAAAAGAUUAUGGAACUCUUCACCCCCCUGAGCAAGACACUUUCAGGUCGGUUCGAAAGAUACAUUCUAAUCCAGGUCAAUAAUUUAUCCCAGAGCUUACUAAGUGUUCUAGGAAAACUUCUCUGUUUGCAACGUGAAAAGCUGACUUAAGGUCAAGAAAAACAGUGUGUUUCCCUGGAUUAGUGCUUGAAAAGUACUCUGCAGAGCAACGUUGUGUACAAUGUCCCGAUAGAAAUCCGUAUAGUCUGUGAGAAAAUAUACCUUGUAAUCGGUACCUGAGUUCUUGACAAACUUAACUUGUACAGGUGCAAAAGGGGAUUACCAGAUACCUGAGCUAUAAGGCGGAGGACACUACAGGUAAUUCCAUCUGUAAGCUUAACAGAGAUGGUCUUGGGGCGGUCAAAUGAAAGGGGUCUUAGCUUGCUGGUUUAUUUGUGAAGAUAGAUAUGAAACCCUAAGAGACCCCCCAUGUCCCCGGGUGGAGGACGAGGUGGUGGAGCUGGACCCUGUGUGGCUUGGCCUGUUUGCCGUGUCUCUCCCCCUUCGUCUUAUGCACGUACCCUUUUUUGCGGCGGUUUCCUUGGAGGGCGGAUGUUUGUUCCUGUGCUAAAAGAGAAAGCUAGGCAGCACCUGUGUCCUGUCCAAGGAGAAGGGCAGCUGCUUGGAUGGAGGUGUGAAGUCUGCCAUCCGGUCUUGCUACGUAUUGUUGACACCAUCCUCACCUGGGGUGGACGCUUUUUCUUUGUUCAGUUCCCACUCAAUAAUCUCAGCAAAGUCUGAAGGGUCGGUAUCAUAUAUCCAGUCUUUAAUAGCAAAUUUUAGACUGACUAAAGUGAUUCUGAAUAUUUAUUCUGAAUAUAUCUGCUCAGCCGAGUCAGCUGGUGCCGACGGGGCUGAGCAUAGCCCUUACCCGCUGUGGUGCACAGCCACAACAGUAACCCUCAAGGCAACAAUUGCAACUUCUCGCGCCUGGGCGGGGCGCGAAUCGCCAACCCCUCGGAUGAGAGGCCGACACGUUACUACUGUACUAGCCCGGAGGCUCCCGCCAUGUGAGUUUCCCUGUGUGUAUCAUAUACGGUCAUAGAUCUAUUGUUCACAAAAUAUCGGAACUCUUCGCCAUUUUCAUUGCAUUGAUUAUAUUUAAAUGUAUAAUGUCUAGCAUUAAAAUCUCCCAUGCAUAUUUUGCCGUGAAUCUGAAAGUUGGGCAGUAGUGAAUCAGUUUGAAAUUUUCCACAUCUUGCGUAUACAUUGCACACAGAGAAAAACCCAGAGGCUGUUCGAAUAUGUAAAUGCUGAUAUUGCAUAUUGUCAUCAGACUUCUGCACCAGCUUAUGCGGUGUCAAUAGGUCUGUUAUUCCUGUGUCCGUAUAGGAGUGGUACCCUCUAAUUCUAGGGGCGCUUUUUAUUUUAGUGGCUGAACUGAAGGGCUCUUGUAAACAGAUAACGUUAACAUCAUUGUUUUAAAUAUAGUAAAUCAAAUCAUUAAUUCAACGGUUGACACCACGUAUAUUCGAUAAAAAGUAAUUUUCUUGUUCCCAUCACAUCCUAUGUUUAGCUGAUCGGUCAAGUUUGUGUUUGAUGAAGCCCUUUAAUCUGCAUAUUUCUUGUACAUCAUUAUAUAUCUGUGUUGCAUGUUUAUUUGAACAGAUUUUGCUCGUUUUCCUCAAAUUGAUAUCCUAUGUAUAACCCGUACCUGAUAUCAUUCCCACAGUUAUUCUUCCUGUACAUCGUCGGCGUUUUCACUGUCACUGCCGCCACCGCUUUCAGAUGAUACGUCGAUGGUAUCAUAUAAAAUAAUAAUAUCAGAGACCUCAUUCGUAUUUUCAAUAUCACUAACAUCAUUCCAAAGCAUAGGAAAUGGCUGAGGAAAUAAGAUGGCUCAGGCAAGAUCUUGCUUGAGCCAUCUUAUUUCCUCAACCAUUUCCUUGAUUUUUUCACCAUUGGUUAAAUUGUUCGAUCUAUCAUUUUAAUAAAGGCUUCCUCUAUAC